AUGAGUGGUCAACCUAUUGUACCUUUCGGUAAACAAUUCCGAGAAAAAUAUUUCAAAGAGUUAGGCAAGGAUAUCACUCCCGUAAAUCACGGAUCGUAUGGUCAAUCACCAUCUGUCAUUUUAGAUAAAUACUUUGAACAACUGAAAAGACAAUAUCAUUAUCCUGAUGAAUUCUUUGUACAUAAAAUAUAUGAUGAUUACAAGAAUGCUUCUAAAUUAGUAGGGGAUUUUUUGAAAUGUGAUUGGCAUAAUGUUGUAUUUGUAGAAAAUGCUACUACAGCAGUUAAUAUUAUAUUAAGAAGUUAUCCAUUUUCCAAAGGAGAUAAAAUUGUUAUACCUACUACUGUUUAUGGUGCAUGUGGUAAUACUAUUAAAUUCUUGGAACAAAGAUAUGGUAUUGUCCCUAUUCUCGUUCAAUUGAAAUAUCCAUUAGAAGAUGAGGAAAUUAUUGAAAAGUUUGAUAAAGUUUUUAAACAAGAAUCUCCUAAAUUAUGCUUAUUUGAUACGGUUAUCUCCAUGCCAGGUCUUAGAUUCCCAUUUGAAAAAUUGGUAGAAUUAUGUCGUAAAUAUGAUGUUUUAUCAUUAAUUGAUGGAGCUCAUAGUAUAGGAUUACUUCCUGAUUUGGAUUUAGGAACUUUAAAGCCAGAUUUUUAUACAUCUAAUUUACAUAAAUGGUUAUAUGUACCAACAGGUUGUGCUGUAUUAUAUGUUGAUCCUAAACACUGGCAUAAGAUUCAUACAAUGCCAGUUUCUCAUUCAUAUCUUGAUGAUAGUGUAACUUUAGAUGAAGAAGAGGAGAAAACAAGAUUAAUUGAUAGAUUUUCAUUUUAUGGAACCAAGACUUAUUCGAGCAUAAAUGUUAUAGGUGAUGCAAUUCAAUUUAGAAAAGAUAUUUGUGGUGGAGAACAAGCUAUCAAUGAUUAUUGUUAUUCAUUAGCUAAGAAUGCAGGACAAUUAUUAGCUAAAAAAUGGGGUACCAGUAUCUUAGACAAUUCCAAGGGACUGUUAUCGAGUGCAAUGGUAACUAUUGAAGUACCCGUUGAAAAAUUUGGAAUUAGUAUAAAAUUUAUUCAACAAGACUUUGGAGCCUUUAUUAAUUUAGUAUACAAUAAGAUGUUCAAUGAAUACAAGACAUAUAUUCCAAUACUGGUUCAUAAUGGGAAAUUAUACGCUAGAAUUUCAGCUCAAAUUUAUAACGAACUUCUGGAUUAUGAAUAUGCUUCUUCAUCCCUUACUGAAGUACUUGAGGGUUUAUCCGACAAUAAGGAAUGUCAAACUUUAUUAGCGGCAUUUUCUAAAUUAUAG